AUGCACGCCGUAGGUGCUGUUCGCUCAUGCUGGAGGCAGGCAUCCCGCCUGAUCCCAGCAGGCCGCAGCAUCACCGUCGAAGCCAUGCGCCUCAACACGCCGUUGAAGGAGAUCGACCCAGAGGUUCACGGCAUCAUCGAGUCUGAGAAGGACCGGCAGAGGAGGUGCGUCAAUUUGAUCGCAUCUGAAAACUUUGCUCCGCUUCCAGUGUUGGAAGCUGUUGGCUCGGUCAUGGUCAACAAGUACUCCGAGGGAUACCCAGGGGCCAGGUACUAUGGCGGAAACGAGUUCAUCGACAAGGCAGAGAGGCUCUGCCAACAGAGGGCCCUUUCAAGCUUCCGCCUGGAUGCCAAAGAGUGGGGCGUGAACGUUCAAUCGCUUAGCGGCUCACCUGCCAACUUCCAGGUGUUCACAGCUCUCUGCGAUGUGCACGACCGCAUCAUGGGCUUGGACUUGCCACAUGGUGGCCACUUGUCCCAUGGAUAUCAGACAGACACAAAGAAGAUCUCCAUGGUGUCAAAGUACUUCGAGUCCAUUCCGUACCGCCUGAACGAGGAGACAGGGCUCAUUGACUACGACGAGUGCGAAAAGUUCGCCAUGCGAAUCCGUCCCAAGAUCCUCAUUGCGGGAACCAGCGCCUACUCGAGGCUGAUUGAUUAUGGCCGCAUGCGCCAGAUUGCGGACAAGGUUGGAGCAUACCUCUUGGCAGACAUGGCUCACAUUUCUGGCCUUGUGGCCGGAGCUGCCAUUCCAUCUCCUUUCGAGUAUGCUGAUGUCGUCACCACGACCACUCACAAGUCCCUGCGUGGACCCCGCGGAGCUAUGAUCUUCUACCGUAAGGGCCAGCGUGGAGUGGACAAGAAAGGAAACCCGAUCAUGUACGACUUAGAGGAUCGGAUCAAUGCGGCUGUGUUUCCUGGACUCCAGGGUGGCCCUCACAACCAGAGCAUCACAUCACUGGCCGUGGCGCUGAAGCAGGCUAGUGAGCCUGAGUUCAAGACCUACAUCCAGCAAGUCAUGAAGAAUUCCAAAGCUCUGGGCGAGUCCCUUCAGCGAUGCAACUUCAACUUGGUUUCCGGUGGCACUGACAACCACUUGGUGUUGAUUGACUUGCGGUCCAAGGGUGUCAACGGUUCAAAGGCUGAGGCAGUGUGUGAGAUGGCCUCCAUUGUCUUGAACAAGAACACCAUCCCCGGAGACAAGAGCGCCAUGAACCCCAACGGCCUUCGUGUGGGUGCUCCUGCCAUGACUUCAAGAGGAUUGAUGGAGGAUGACUUCGUCAAGAUCGGUGAGUUCAUUGGCGGAGCAGUAGAUGUUGCAGCUGAGGUGCAGAAGCAGAGUGGACCCAAGCUGGUGGACUUCAAGCGCGUGCUUGCGGAGAGUCCUCCUGGAAAGCUCCUGGAGUUGAAGGGCCAGGUGGAAGACUUUGCCAGUGCCUUCCCUACUGUAGGCUUCUAA